AUGGCAAAGAAAAAAGCGGCUGCUAAGCGUCCCAAGAAGACCCUGCCGCCUGCAUCGUCGAAGCCUUUAAACUCGGGGGAGAAUCCUGACGAGAGCCAGGCAGAAUAUUCCGGCCUCCCUCCUCCACAACUCAGCUUCAAAUCAGCCAUUGUGGCCGAGAUGACCUCGGUGAUAAGUAAUGGAAUUACCAUUAACAAAGUUAUCCAAGUUCUUAUCUUGGCCUACAUUGCGAACCUGCUCUAUGUGAAACUCGAUUUGAACUUUGACUACGAUUCCAAGGUUGAAAUUGGGAUUGGAUUUCUAAGUAUUCUGUCUUCAAUUUUGAUUAUUUACGUUUCCAGAAAAAGAAGAUGGAAUACAGGAGUGGAAUUGGGCUCUAUCGACAAGGACGAUCCAGAAAAAUGGGUUGAAUUGCCCGAGUUUAACCUUAUUUACGCAAUUGUUCUGCCCAUUUUUGUCACGUACAUAGUUGAUAAGCGAUAUUUGGGGGUCAACUUGGUCAAUAUACUGUUGGUGAUCGACAUCCCAAUCGCCUUUAAGAUCCUUUUGGCUCUUUCAAUGGAACAGCAGGUUCUUGAUGAAAGUGGGUAUCUGAAUCAGGGGUUUGUGACUACCAGGAACAACUUGUUGAUACCAGUAGCUCAUGUUGGAUUUAGGGAAUUACUAGGAUAUUAUGGCGGAUCAUCAUUUUCAAAUACAGAAAGUGAACUCUUCUCUACUCUGUUUGUCAAUUUGGUGUUAUUUGUUGACAAAUCCAACAUCGAGCUGUUUAUUUUGGCCAAAUUGACUCUUGCAUUCAUUGGUUCAUUGGUCAUUUGCACUGCAUUGUACCGAGUUCUCAUACUUUUUUCACCAAAAUAUGUUAUUUCGUUGAUACUGCACCCGGUUUUCACUGCUUUGGUGUACUAUGGAUCGGUAUAUCAAUUAGCUCCGGUUCUUGGUAAACACCCAUGGGACUACUUGGUGAAUGAUAUCAUGAAUGAGCAGAGGAUUCAUUUCCUUUAUUCUUGGUUGAUUCUACUGGUGGUAGUGGUUCCUCCAGUUUUCUACUUUGUGGAUGCGAUUCCUUUAGAUUUUAGAAGAAAAAUAUGGCAUUUCACGAUCCUUAUCAUUUUGAGUUACCCCUUAAGUAUCGAUCCUUCAUUUUGUGUUAUAGCACUGGGGGGUGUCUUUGGGCUGUUCUUGGUGGUUGAAAUUUUAAGGAGCACCGAAAUGCCCCCCUUUGGACAAAUUCUGAGCAGAAAUCUUGAGAAAUUUCAGGAUGAAAGGGAUAAGAGGGGCAACAUAACAAUCUCCUACUUAUACUUGGUGCUAGGGAUUGUUCUUCCGGUGAUGUUUGAUGGAUCCAGUUGUGCGGGAUUGGUUAGUUUGGGAUUGGGAGACUCCAUGGCCUCUAUGGUGGGUAAACGGUAUGGUUUGGUGAAGUGGCCUGGCUCUAACAAAUCGGUUGAGGGAACGUUUGCUUUUAUCGUUGUGACCUUUUUGGGACUUUUAGCGGCCAGAACCUUCUUUGGCUAUCAAUUCUCUUGGGAGAUCUCCUUCAUCGCAGCCGCCCUGGCAGGCGUGUUAGAGGGUAUAAGUGAUUUCAAUGACAACAUCAUCAUCCCACUAGUCGUGUUUACAAUAUUGCAUGGUCAAUAG